UUUAGAUCUUGAUGGCGUAUCCAAUACAAACUAUUUUCAUGAUUUUGCACACUAAUAUUUAUUCAACAUGUCUUUAGCAUCCUUUUUUGGAGCACUGUGUUUGUUUUUGUUGUUUGGACAUAAAGCGGCGGGAAACUUGGGUGAAAUAGUGGAUCGGUAUGACUUUGUUAGCGAUUUUCAAAUACACAGUAUCUCUGAAAGAGAUGUCGGUGGGAAGUCUUUAUCAAGAAAAAUGGUGAAGUUUUCAGGACUUGGCAGGAAUUUCUCAAUCAGUUUAAGUCCAGUGACAGGAUUAUUUACCAGUGAUUUUAAGGCAGUAAUUGAUGAUGGAAGUGGAAAAAGAACACCUUUUAUGUUCAACAAAAAUAACUUUUUUGAAGGCAUACUAGAAGAAAACAAGAAAAGUAACGUUCAUGCUUAUUUUGAUGAAGAUGACAAUACAAUGACAGCCACCAUUUCGUCAGAUGGGGAGGACAUUGUUGUAGAGCCUGAGUGGAGACAUGAAAGGACAAGAAAGAAAGGAUCCAACAUGAUCCUGUAUGCUGUCAAAGAUAUGAAAUGGCCGAACACCGGAACAAAUUCUAGUGGGUUUAACUACUGUGGAGCUGUGCAUGAAAAAGAACUGCACAAUCACCAGGAAGUGAUGUUUUCUAAACACAUGGAAGAUAACAAACACCACAGAAGUAAGCGUGCAUCCAAUGUUAACUGUCAUCUGAUCACAGUAGCAGACUACAAGUUCUACCAGAGUAUGGGAAACAGCAACAAGUACACCACUGCUAACUAUAUGGCUAGUGUUAUUGACAAAGCCAAUCUGAUUUACAGAGGAACAAAUUUUGCUGGGCAUUCUGGACUAGGUUUUGUUAUUGCUGAAAUGGUUAUCUUAACUUCACCCACUGUGGUCAGUGGAGGAAUAAUUCACUACAACAUGGAGAAUGGCCCAUGGAGAAGCAACACAAAAGGCCUGCUGGAUAGCUUCAGCAGUGAGGCUAACAGAUGGAGUGAUUACUGUCUGGCCCACCUCUUCACUCACCAACCAUUUGACAACAAUGUGUUAGGACUGGCCUACAUUGCUGGCUCUAGAUCCACAGAUGUUGGUGGACUCUGCUCACCUUUGACUUUCAUGAAUGGAGUACAGGUGUCACUGAACACAGGUUUCACGAGCACAAUGUACUCCACUGGUUCGACUGUCCUGUCCAGGCAAGCGGAACUGGUCACCGCUCAUGAACUUGGACACAACUGGGGAAGUGAACACGACCCCACGUCUGGAGAUUGUGCUCCGUUCUCGUUAUUUGGAGGGAAGUACCUGAUGUAUCCCUACUCUGUCUCGGGGGAUGAUGAUCAUAAUGAUCAAUUCUCCAGCUGCAGUAGAAAUUAUAUUGGUAGAGUUAUAAGUGCUAAGCUGAGCUGCCUCACUGAGUCUGUGACGGAGACUUUGUGUGGUAAUGGUAGGAUUGAUGCAGGGGAGCAGUGUGAUGGAGGAUACUUAGGGAAGUUUGGCCUAGAUGAAUGUUGUCUCCAGAACUGUCAACUCAACACCUUUAAAAGUGCUGUCUGCACUCCUGCUAACUAUGGCUGCUGCUCAACCCAAUGUCAGCUACAGAAUUCUGGAGCUUUCUGCAAUGCUGCUGAACAGUGCAAACAAAAUGCCUUUUGUGAUGGUAGCAGUUUAACCUGUCCCACUGGGGCUAAUAAACCAACUGGAACUGUUUGUUCAGGUGGGUUUUGCAAUGCUGGAAAUUGUCAACCUUUCUGUGAAUAUGCUGGCUUGACAUCCUGUAUUUGUGGAGGAGAGGCCAACUCCUGCAGAAGAUGCUGCAAAUCUUCCUCUGGUACAUGUACACCCUACAAUAACACUGUGUACCUACCCAACGGCUCACCCUGUACCAAAGGAUAUUGCUCAGGGGGUGUUUGCGUGGAGUCCGAGCCUUCACUAUCCGAGAGAUUCUUUGAACUCCUGGACAAGAUCAGCAUUGACUUUAUAGCUGAGACUUUCAAAACCAACAUGGUGGCCAUCAUCCAGGCCUUCUCCAUUAUUUUGUUCAUCCCACUUUCAUGUAUAGUUUGGUGCAGGGAUAAAAAGAAAGCAAAAAAACUGAGGAUGGAGAUGUCUGCAAAGUGUAGAAUUGACAGGACCUUGACAUUUGAUGAAGAUAAAAGACAGGUCAAGAAGAAGAAAAAGAUUCCUCCCAAGUUCAUCCCUGCUCCCCCUGAGGCUGUGAACUUCAGAUCAGGGUCCCACGGUGGAUCCAGAAGGAAUCAGAUAGGCCCCCUACCUCCGAAAAGAUACUAGUACUACGCACACAGAAGUUGUAGUCCUUAGAGGCUUAAACUAGCACUCCAUCCUAUCGUAAUUUACUUUAACAAAUUAAGUGACUGUGAUAAAUAAUAUAAUAAUUAUUGUACUGAAAGUAUGUAGAUUUGUUUGAAACUGAGUUUCAGUGGAUUUAAAUAACAUAUAGAACAUGCAUGUUGUUUAUUUUUUACAUGCUGACUAGCGAGAGUUAACUCCCCUGUAACACUAUGUACAUAUUCAUUAUAUUGAUGGCACUCUUGGAAACACUGAUGUUUAUAUAUUAAUGUCUAUAAAGUCAUUAGAUAUAUGAACUCUUUUGACCUCUUUAUAUAUGACCUCUUUUGAGUAAUAUUUACAUAUUUAUGACUAACUUUAAGGUUUUCUGAGAGUGCCUUGUAUUAACUUAUAAUAAGCCAAUUUUUAUUUGUGUGAGUGAGAUAUCCCAAGAUUUAUGAGCAUGAUCGUGCAUCACUUCUUAAGAAUAUUAAUCAGCGCUUUACAAACAAAACUACACUGCACAGUCAUAUAUAAAAGUUGGUUUACUGUAAAUAAUAAAGACAGACUAUGUACAGGAAUAUUACAUUAGAAGUUUUACAAAUAUACACAAAUACAUGUAGGUGUGGGAUUUUUGAAUGAUACACAUUUAAUAUAUAUAUCAUGUAUCUAUUUGACAUACAUGUAUUUCCUUUGUUUGAAACCAGUAUUUCUGUCUGACAACGUAAAUCACAUAAAUGAACAUACAGGCAAACUAAAUCUAGAUUUGCUCAUUACAUAAUAUUGGUAAAUAUGCUCUCAGAAAAUUGCCGAAAAUUAUAUCAAUAUUUAUUCUAUGAUCCUUUGAAUUCUUCACUUUAUAUGUUUGUUUUUAUAUAUUAUAUUGUUAGGAAAAAAUAUUUUUAUAACCACUUUUUUUGCCACAGAAUGCAAUUUCUCUGAUAUUUUUCUUUAAUGUAUUAUUAUUGUAUUUUAGUAGUUUGUGUAUCAGUAAAAUGAUUUUUCAACUGUUUUGAAAAAUCAUGUAGGUGCUUUUAUUUCCAUGUACAUGUACAUUCAAACCAAUAUGGUAAUUGUCAUUUUUGCAUUUUAGCAUAGUUUAAUAACUUAUUUUCAAAGUCAUUUUCCUAACUAAGUUUUCAAAACUCAGAAGGGAUCAAAACAUGGCUUUUCACAAAGAUUGGUUUUAUAAGAACAAACUCCAAAAGAUAUUGUUUGGGCAAAAAUGAUCACUCGAUAAUCUUGUGGGCUGAUUGAUUUUUAAUGAAUACUGGAAUUUUAUUUCAUAAGGAUCGAAAGAACACAAGUAUAUGAUCCAAGUACUAUUACUACUGUAGUUGUACAUGUUUGUUAUAUGACAAAUGUGUAUUAUUGCAUAUUUUGAUAUGUUUUCUACAGAUUCCUUGGCUUUGAAGUUUGCACUGUAACAACCUGGGGAUUAAUUAAGAUAUGUAAUACAGUAUCGAUUGUAUAUCAUCUCAGUAAUAUGCAUACCCUUGGUCUUUGAACAAUAGCUCGGUCCCCUUUACUGUGCAUUUAAUCAUCUUAUGAUGCCAUUAGUUCCCAAUAUAAUUCAGAUACUUCUUGCACAUAAUCAAAUAUUUAAAAAUAUGUUAACCAGAGUAAUUGUAGUGAUAGAUAUAAGUUGUGGAGUUUGGAGAUCAUAAUUUGAUAAAAGAUAUUCUAUAAUUUCAUCAUUCAAAAAGAAACUUCUAUUUAUGUAAUCUCUUGUAAAGAAAAAAAAUGUGUACAAACAAUUUGCUGAAAUAAUGUAUUAUACUUUCAAUUAAGUUUAUUCUUGCAGAACAUAUAUCAUUUAACGCAUAUGUUUAAAACUGUCAUUGAAUAACUUAAAUUAACAUGUGUAAAUCACAGCACAAGUAAGAUUUUUUUAACAAUGAUCACAGGCUGUUAUUCAUUAACCCCCCCCCCCCCCUUCUUUCUGAUAGACCUGAUUGAAUUCCAUCAUAUGCAGUUAUGAAGAUAAUAUAUAAUGAUCUUCAAAGCAAAGCUCUUACAUGUAUAACCAAAACGAAAACAAAAAACUUGCAGUUUAUUUUUCAAUAUGGUAGGCCAAUGUAUGUAUACAGCUUACAUCUUGCAGUUCUUAUACAGUAUACAUUUUUUAAAAUACUGCAGAUUACUCCAUUUACUUCAUUGAGAUUAUAAUGGGCUCAUGGCAGGUGCGACUGCUCGACAGGGGGUGCUUACUCCUCUUAGGCACAUGAUCCCACCUCUGGUGUGUCCAGGGGUCCGUGUUGCCCAACUCUCUAUUUUGUAUUACUUAUAGGAGUUAAGAGAUUGAUCACUGUUCAUUAUCUUCAUCUUUUCAUUCAAUGACAUUAACAAUAUUCUAUUUACCACUAAAACUGCAUAAUGAAAUUGAUUUGAUGAGAUGCAUAAUACUUUUUAUACAUUUUAUGUUUUUAUAGAUUAAAUUAAAGUUUUCUUCCUUUUUUUUUUU